AUGCCUAUUACAAAUGACACCGUGUUCAUGCCCUCUGUGCUGACACUUACUGGGAUCCCUGGUCUGGAACCUGUACAGUGUUGGAUUGGGAUUCCGUUCUGUGUUAUGUACAUCAUAGCUUUGAUUGGAAAUUCUCUACUUUUGAUCAUUAUCAAAUAUGAGCCCAGCCUCCAUGAGCCCAUGUAUAUCUUCCUGGCCAUGUUGGGAGCCACAGACAUUACACUUAGCACCAUCAUUGUGCCUAAGAUGCUUGGAAUUUUUUGGUUCCACUUGCCAGAGAUCUAUUUUGAUGCUUGCCUCUUUCAGAUGUGGCUCAUCCACACAUUUCAGGGUAUUGAAUCAGGAGUCCUGCUGGCCAUGGCUCUGGACCGCUACGUAGCUAUCUGUUAUCCUCUCAGGCAUGCCACCAUAUUCACGCGACAGCUAGUCACCCGCAUUGGAGUUGGAGUGACAUUGCGGCCUGCUAUUGUGGUAAUUCCAUGCCUAUUGCUCAUAAAGUGUCGCCUGAAACUUUACCGAACCAAGUUAAUAUCCCACACUUACUGCGAACACAUGGCCCUUGUGAAGCUUGCGGCUGGAGAUGUUUACAUCAAUAAGUUCUAUGGUCUCCUUGGAGCUUUUAUUGUUGGUGGACUUGACUUCAUUUUCAUCACUCUCUCCUAUACACAAAUAUUUAUCACCGUCUUCCACCUGCCCCAGAAAGAGGCACGACUUAAGGCAUUUAAUACAUGUAUUCCCCAUAUUUGUGUCUUCUUCCAAUUCUAUGUCCUGGCUUUUUUCUCAUUUUUUACUCACAGAUCUGGAUCUUAUAUCCCAUCAUAUAUUCACAUCAUCUUGUCCAACCUUUACCUACUGGUCCCACCAUUCCUCAACCCCUUUGUCUAUGGCGUAAAGACCAAGCACAUUCAAGAUAAGGUAGUAAAAAUGUUCUGUUCCAAACACCAGGCUUGA